AUGUCUGGAUAUGGAGAGGAUCGUCAUGGCUUAUUCGCGCUCGUACCUGGCCUUGAGCCACUCAUCUUCAUUCUCUGGCCAAAGAUCGCGAUCGUGAAAUUCGAUGCGGAAAAUCUCCUCGAUGAGAGACGGUCCAGAAGAGCUGGCCCUCAAGGCGAACCGCCCCGCUUGAGAAAUCUUCAAAUCCAACUGGCUGGUUUGACAAGAGACUCCGAAGGGAUCUAA